AUGUCUACCCGACGUGUCACUCGUGCAAAAAAUGCAACUCAACAUCCGGGUAUCCCAGACAUAACCCCGAAGAAGAAACACCGUACUGCAGAAGAAGUAGCUGCUGAGCGUCAGUCUAAGUUAGAUGCUAAAGAAGAGAAAGAACGCACCAAGAGAGCUGGCAUCAAACACGUUGCUAGAUAUGAGAAGAAGCAGGCGGACCAGGAUGUGGUGACCGAUGCUACACCGCGGGCUGUGCAGCCAAAGCCAAAGCCAAAGCCAGUCCCAAGCAAGAGGAAGGCUGUUGUGGCACCUCCUGCUGUCAAGGAGGACACGCCUCCUUCAGAUGCCGAGAUGAGUGAUGCACGAGCUGCACCUUCGGUACCAAAGCCAAGGCCAAUUCCUCGUAAGCAGAAGGCAAUCAUACAUACUCCCGCUGUGGAGGACAAUGGGUUUCUGUCGGAUGCUGAGAUGCAUGAUGCGGCUGUUGAUAGUAGUACUUUCAACCCCGAUCCAACCCAACCUUCAGACACGACGGCCUCAGACUUAGAUGCAGAUGGGUCUGACAGUGCAAUGCCAUUGUCACCGCCCAGGAAAAAGACGAAAGUUAGCGGGAAGAAGGCAGGGAAGGUGACGAAGACUUCUGUACGAGAUGCUAUCAAAGCAGUCCAGCAGACUCAUAUGUCAGGGAAGAGUAAGGCUGCAGAUAGGAAGAAAACUGCACCUUGCAGCACAAUCAGCCUCCAUGCCGAUGACUCGGACGAGUCAGACAUCCUUGUUGUCAAAGCAACAUUGAAGAAAGCUCCCAGCAAACAGCCAGCAGCCGUUCAGCCGGAUGACGAUGAUGGUGUUGAACAAAAGCUGUGGCGCCGUGUCUUUGUUUCUACUUACAUGCAAUACAUUGCAACUCUGGCUAACCCCUGGGAGGUUCCCCCCAAGUUGGCCUGCCAGAAAUUGCAGGUGAUCUGGGACGCAAUUUUCCCCAACAUCUCAUACACAGUCACGAGCACGAGCACCGUGUAUCUCAUAACUGUCCAGAGUGUUGCUGACUCCUAUCGAAGCUUCAUUGGCUCAGCAGCCAUUGCGAUCAUCAUCGCAUACCUUGAGUCCCAGGAGACACUCAAGCACUCGGACGAUAAUUGUGUCGAAUUUGCUACUUACACGCUGGACAAGCUUCGCUUCUUGUACAAGAAGGCAAACGGUGACGAUAAAUCUAAGUUCCGCGGACUUUAUCAAGGUGCCUUCGUGGUGCAAAUGUUUGGCGCCCACUUCACUGCUAUCAAUGGCGCUCGCAAGAUACAUGGACUAGAGAAGCCGGGAGACAACUUGAAUCCUGUUGGGGGUCUAGCGCUGUCAUGUGCUGCGGUCGAACGAGCAUUGACACUUAUUGCUACUCGUACUAUAACCAUCAAAAUGGUUCUCACUGCCAAGGGCAAAUCUAUACCCUUGCCGAAGACACUCAAUCACUCAACCGGCAAAGUCUCCAAUCGCCAAACGGGCUUCAAUGACGUCACCUGGGGUUCUUCCACACGCUCAUAUGUGAAGUCGAUCAUGAGAAGCUUCCGAGACGAGAAGUUCCAAGCUGUCAUCACUUCUGCCAAGGAAUUUUCCAAGAAAAGCCAUCGUUCUGGCAAUGAUAGAGCCAUCGAUGAUGCUGUGGAUGAUGAAGAUCUCGACGAACGUGCCCAGCUUGUGGACAUCUCGGAGUCUGAGUCUGGGUCCGAAGACUCGGAUCAUACUAUUGGCUCUGAUGUGGGGUAG